ACUUCGCUCACAGCUGAUUUACACGUGCUCGCACAUGCGUGUGCGCCUAACCGGGUUCGUUCAAUGCGUUCGCACUCCAGUCAUGCGGAGCUGCGCGCACGGGACAUUCUUUUGUUGUAUCGAUCGGUUCUAGAUCGCCGUUCCGAAAAACCGCCAUUUUCCUACAUCGCUUUGAUCGCGAUGGCGAUACAGGCUUCACCGUCGAAACGAUGCACGCUGAGUGAAAUCUAUCAAUAUUUGUACACCCAAUUUGCAUUCUUCCGCGGGCAAUAUACAGGAUGGAAGAACUCUGUGAGACAUAACCUCUCUCUAAACGAGGUGUUUAUAAAACUUCCGAAAGGUGAGUACAUGAAUGCUCACAACUCACUACCUACUUUGAAUUGUUGA